AUGCAGUCCCUAGCACAGGCCAGCUUCAGCUACGCGGACCUGCCCAUUGUGAUGAACACUCUCUGGAGGCGCAUGGCCGACACUGGCAAGGACUGGAGGCACGUGUACAAGUCAAUGAUCGUGUUGGACUUCCUGAUCAAGCACGGCUCCGAGCAGGCCAUUCGCGAGAUGCGCUAUCACAUCGUCGACCUGCAGAACCUCACCUCCUUCCAGUACAUGGACGAAAACUACCAGGACGUCGGCCAGAGCGUCAGGGAGAGGGCCAAGAAGGUGCUCGAGCUGCUGCACGACGAGAGGCGCAUGAAGGAGGAGCGGGACAAGGCCCAAAAGAACCGAAACAAGUACCAGGGCUACGGCUCCGACUCGUCCAUGCGCGGCGAUGGCAACGACUACGACGACCGCCCCUCGUACGGAGGUAGCAGAGGCGGCUACGACGACGGCGACUCGUACAGGUCGCGAGAGAGCCCCUACGGCGGCCGCAGAGAGAGCAGCCCGUACGGCGACCGCAGGGAGAGCGAGAGCCCCUACGGCGGCCGAAGGGAGGGUGGCGGCGGUUCGGGCGCCUACAGGUCCCGCGCGUCCGAGCUGAGUGACUCCGACUCGGACUCGGACCUCGAGCUGCCCGCCUCCACACGAACCAGUGCCAGGCCUCCUGCCGCCGGCGGCGGCGGCGGCAGCUCGGUGCCGCGCAAGCCCAGCGUGGACAACGGCGCCACGUUCGACCCCUUCGGCGAGCUGGCCUCGACCCACGCCACGGGCGGCAGCUCCACCUCGUCGCCCUUCUUCCCCAGCGAGCCGGCUUCGCUGUUCCCCACGAGCCCCGGGCCGGCCGUGGGCAACGGCAGCUCGAGCUCGUCCGUCUUGCCGCCCAACCUGUUCGACACGCCGGUCACCACCUCGACGCCGCCGCCCGCCGGCAUGGGCGCCCCGCUCGGCGCGCACCUGAGCGGCCCGUCGCUGUUCCCGCCGACCGGCGGUUCCGGCACUCUGCCCCUGUCCUCCAGCGGCACCGCCCCGCCGAGGGGUGCCGCCCAGGGCCAGGGCUCGGUCGAGGCCGAGUGGGACGCUUUCGUCGGCUUCGACGACCCCAGAAAGGCCAAGGAGGAGAACCAAAACGACAUCUGGAACAAGCACAAGAACCUCUUCGACCUCCAGCACCUCAGCCUCUCCGAGAAGGAGGCUGCCGCUGCCGCGGCCGGAGGUGCGCAGCAGAAGAGGCCGAUGGCGACGAUGACGUCGGCCGGGCGAGGGAGGGGCAGCCCCAUGGGCGGCGCUGCGGCCCCCGUCUCGCCCAAGCCCGCGGCCGGCCCCACCCUCACGCCGCUGUCGCCCGGCAUGACCCCCAUGGGCGCCGUCGGCAUGACGCCCGCCUACCCAGGCAUGGUCGCCACGCCCUAUGGCAUGCCCUAUGGCGGCGCCGCCAUGAUGCAUCCCGGCAUGGUGGCGUCGGUGGGCUAUGCGCCCGGCGUGCCGGGUAUGGUGCCCAUGGGCUACGUCGCCGUUCAUCGGUAA